AUGUCGGUAGAGCUAGAGGUGCAGGUCCGCAAUCUGGUGCAGCACCUGUCAACCCAUCAGUCGGAGUGCACGUUGGAUCAGGCUGCUCUACAGAAUGUCUCGAGACUCUGCCAAGAGAGCUUGAAUGGAGGAGACUUUUAUGUGCAAUCCCGACAAGUCGCAAAAGCGAUCAAACUGCUUCUCCGAAAUGUUACCUGCUGCGUCUACGAGCACAGGACCUGCGUUCACAACGUCCUCCUUGCUGUGUCCUCCCUCCACGAUCUGAUCUGCCGUGAGAAGGGGCUCUUGCAAGAAGCUUGCACAGUCCAGGUGGUAGAGGCUGAUGGGACAGUUGACCGGAGGUGGAUAGAUGUUGUCGAGUUUGCGAUGAUGCUGCAUUUCGACGACUUGGACAUACAGAUCCAGGGAUGCCGGGUGAUAAGAAAGUUCAUCACGACUCUGUUCAAAGACAACAAAGUGAUCGACGUCCCUCUCUCCUUCUCGGAGUCCCUUGCCAAGUUGUUGGACAAGUACCGCAGCAACUAUCAAGUCGCCGAGGAGGUUGCGCACGUCGUGCAGAUCUUGUGCUGGCAGUCCAAGUUCCCUCAGAAGUUCUCAGAGUUAGACUUGCCUGCCUUCCUCUGUGACAUCCUUGUCUCCUUCCAGUCGAGCGAGCAGUCGGCCGACCUCCUGACCAGUGUCAACGGGGCCCUGACCACGAUCAUACUCCGAGGGAACGUGAGCUUCGAACAUGUUGCGAGGAUCGUCAGGAGCUGCACAGAAGUCAUCCGGUCCUCCACCUCCAACCCUGUCGUUGUCAACAAGUCACUGACCACGCUGUGGAUUGUCUCCAAGGGCGACGUGAGGAUGAAAAGGCUCCUGAUCGAGGGGAGUGGGGCGACCUCCGCUGAGACGAUGGGGCAAGUUAUGAGAUCGGAUCCCUUCUACACCAACCCGCAGAUCCAGGAGGUUUGCUGGAGGAUCCUGAAGAACCUCAAGGAGCUGGAAGACUUCAGGAGCUGGUGGAGCAGGAGCUGCAACGCCGCAGACAUGCUGGUUCAGGUCAAGGCGGUCGUUGUGGCGAACAGGCUUUCAGACAGCACAGUCUCGCUCCCUGGGCUGGCCGAGACGGCAUCCUGGCUGAUCCGCUCGCUGGUGGAGGAGGACACUCUGAGUCGUGACCAGCACGCGCGCGAUCACAAUGACUGCUCGUGUUUGCAGUGCGAGGUGGGGGGGGCAGAGCUGUUGGUGGACGUUGUCUCGUGGUGCAACACAUACUGCAACUCAGAGGAAGCAUCGUCCGAGACCUUUCGGUGCCUGCAGGUGAUCUGCCAUGGGCACACGGUCAACGCUGCAAGGGCGAUCCGCCUGAGCACAACGACGGCGAUCAGCAGGGCAAUGACGUGCAACAUCCGGUCCCCUCUGGUGCAGAGGGAGGGGGUCCUCCUGCUGCUUGACAUGCAGGAGACUUGCGAGGCAGCGGCGGUGCCGUUCCCCGCGGAGGACGUGAUCCCAGUGGUCCUCUCGGUCCUCCGAUACCACAAGGACGUCAGGGACCUUGUUGCUAUCGCGCUCAGGCUGGUCAGCAAGCUCUCGUGGGUGCAGGGGCACCGGCUGCUGCUCAAGAACGGCUCAGCCUCCUCGCUGAUCUUCGACGUCAUGAGGAGGUACUCUGCCGACGAGCAGGUCCAGCUCGAGUCGCUGAGCUGCUUGCACCCGCUGGCGUGGAACUCUGAGAUCAAGCAGGAGAUCGCACAGCAGGACGGCAUCGUCUGCGUCAUCAGAGCGCUUGCCAACAACCUCUCCAACCUCAGGAUCCAGAAGUGCGGGGUAGCGAUCCUGGCCAUCAUGUCCUACUUCAACGACGCGACCAAGAGCAACAUUCAGAGCCACAGCGGCAUCAAGAUAAUCCUCAAGGCCAUGAGGAUGUUCUCCGACAACGCAGAGCUGCAGAUCGAGUGCGUGCUCGCGCUCUGGAGCCUGUCCACCAGCUCGCAGAUCCCCAACAACGCAAACAAGGACGAGAUGAAGAAGUACGAGCAGCUCUCGCGCGAGGUUGAGAUCAGAAGGCAAGAAAUCUCCGACGAGGAUGGGAUCGAGCUCAUCGUCAGGCUGCUCGAGAAUUACCUCGCAAACGACAUGAUCUCUUUCUUUGCGCUGAACUCCAUGACAACUAGUCUUGACCGAGCCAAGAAGAUCUAUAGUGAGAACGGCAUACAGCGGCUGAGGACUGUGCUGGCAGUGGCUGCCCUGAAGAACAUCUGUUCAUCCCUAACAGACAAGUCCGUCAAGUUGGAUCAGCUGGACAACCUGGAGAGCUUGUUGGCUUCUUCUGCCCUUGGCAACCUCUCCACUUUCAAGUUUCUCAGCCUCAAUGUCAGCAGACAAACGGUCGAGGUUCUAGUGGCAGCGAUGAAGAAGCAUUCAGACGACGAGGAUCUUCAGGUUCGAGUCCUCCGAGCACUUCGCGCCAUCGCCAGCAGCAAAGACAACCCGGCGCUCGCCGCACUCAGAAACAACGAAUACGUGGUUCACUGUCCUGUGAAUGCUGUCAUCAACCUGCUCAACUCGCGAGGCACCAGCGACUCGCUCUGCCAUGAGGCGCUCGCGACGCUCAGCAAGCUCAACGAGGUUGGAGGGAAGAAAGUGACGAUGAGGAUUCGACCCAAGUGGAACAGCAGCUACAUCCAUGGUGAGGAGAAGGAGGUGGAGGAGAAGCGAGGGGAGGAGGAUGUGGACAUGGAAGAUGAAGGUUGGGAUUCAGGAAGAAGCGGGAGGAGAGGGGGGUGGAUGGGAAGGAGACGAACGAAGAGGAGAGAAGGGAGCAGGAACGAAGGGGAGGAGGAAGGAAGAGAGGAUGACGUUGCCGGAUAUGAGGGAGAUGAAAGAAGCGAGCGCGAGGUAUGAGGCCCUUCGAAAGAAACUCAAGUGAAGGUCGACGCCGACAACGAAGCAGGAGCAGGAGGGGGAGGAGCAGGAGGAGCCGAAGGAGCUGGAGCUGGAGCAGGAGGGGGAGGAGCAGGAGGAGCCGAAGGAGCUGGAGCUGGAGCAGGAGGGGGAGGAGCAGGAGGAGCUGGAGGAGCUACAGCAGGAGCAGGAGCAGGAGCAGGAGCUGGAGCUGGAGCUGGAGCUGGAGCUGGAGCUGGAGCUGGAGCUGGAGCUGGAGGAGGAGGAGCAGCAGGAGCUGGAGCUGGAGCAGGAGCUGGAGGAGGAGAUGGGAAGAGAGUUGGGAAGGAUGUCGUCAAGCAUGAGCAAGGGUAAGAGUGACGGGAGGAAGAAGAAGCUUUUC